AUGAAGCUUUUUAAGGUAUGUUCUCACGUUUUUAUGUAAAUUUUUAGUCUUUUUUGGGCAUUGUUUUUGGAAGGCUAACAUAAUAUAAACAUAAACUAAGGAAGUUCGUUGUUGUGUGCCGGGCUGGUUUUAUUGAUCUGGAGAGUGAAAGGGGAUUAAAAAUGUUUUUUUUGUAGAAUCUUUAGUUUUUUAGUAUAAUAACUCAUCGUUUUGGAAGAUUAAAUUAUUUUUUAUCAGUACAAUGAAAAUUUUCAGUACUAUAAAAAUUAUGGCACUGGCAAAAGCGAGCCAAGAUUUUUCAACUAGUACAGGCAAGAGAAUAGUGCAAGGUAUGAGAGCGGGUUACAAAAAACGCUUAGUAGAGGACAGGGGAGAGGCAUCAGUACUGGAGGGGUGGGGUGGAACAUGAAUACUGAACGAAAUUUAAAAAUCUUAUCUACAAAGAAGCUUGCGUCUGAUUAAUCAUUAUUAUUUCUUUAAUAUUCAUAUAAGGACUUUUGCGCCAUCUGUUUAAAAAUAGCGGAGUUUUAAAGAUUAACUUUAAUAAUCGCUGUGAGUUCCGGGCUUUUUUUAGCGUGAAUGGUGUAUACUAAAGGAGUUUUUUUUGCUUUGUUUUUGAUUUUUUUCCAAAAUUUUUGACUUUUAAAACUGCAGUUUUCUUGGUCUUGAAAACGUAGUUUUAUAGGUUUUUUCUCCAGGUAAUGCACUUAUGUUCAAAACAUUCUAUUGUAUUGUUGUAGUUUAAGAGCAGACUUAAAAAGUUUUAAAAAAUUAAUAGUUUUGCUAUAGAAGUGCGUCUACAAGAGGGUCCAGUAAGUCAGGGGUUGGCUUCGCCUCGAUGAGCUGAAAAAAAUUUGAAAGGGAUUGGACCGGGCUGAAAAAUUGCGUUUGCCCGAUCUUUUUACAGUUUAUUAUAGCAUGGAAAUCAAAGAAUAAUAUUUUGGCUGGUCGUAUACUGUUUUUUUUUAAAUUUUUUAGUACAAUCAAUAGCAAUUUCAGUUCUUAAUUGACGAUAAUUGAAGCCUAUAGUCUUUAAAACCUUAUGAUUUAAACAAAAAUUUCUAUAAACUUAAAAGUCAUAUAUUUACCGUUGAAUCCUUUUGGCCUGGCACUACCAGAAAACAAAUUGAAAAAUUAAAGCGGUCCGUGGUCAGGUCAACAAUCACGAGUGACCAGCUGUUAGCCUUACCUUUACUAUAUUUUUCAAACAGUCCACUUUGCAAAGCGAUCAUCUUCAAGAUGACUGGUUUCUCAAACAAUCGAUUCCAUUACGUUGUCAGAGAAGUUUUGCGUGGAAUUUUCCAACAAAAAAUUAUGUCUUGUUUUUAAUUUGAUAGUUAUAGUUGAUCAUUCUUUUGAUCUCAUAUUGAUAGUUAUUUAGUUGGGCAUGCUUUUGCUGAAAAUAGUGUAAAAGAAUGUUUGUUUUCUUCAUAAUUCCUAGUUUUAAGUUUUUCUUGUUAAACUGAUGCGUUAGUUACAUACAAGAUUCGGAAACAGUGGAUUUUGGUGAGAGCUGGACUUGUAAUUUUGUUUUAGGAGGUGGCGGUUAGGAGCAUCGCUACAGAUUCUUUCAGGGGGGGGUGGACUUGAGAUUAUUCCCCUCCCCCCCCUCCCUUAAAAAACAAAAUUCGAAAAAAGUUCUUUAUCCUACUACCCUACCUUAUUAUAAUCUGCGCUACACUAACUUGCUCUAUCCUAUCUCGUCUUACAUUACGUUACUCUACUCUAUUUUACUUUGUCUGGCUCUAUCUUCUACUAACCUACCUUGCUGUAAUCUGCUUUACGCUACCCUAAACUAUUACACUCUACUUUCCUCGUUCUAAAAACCUUAUAAUAGUCAAUUUGACUACGACCAAGUUAGGCUUCUCUUAAUUAUCUUAAAACCCAAAGGUCCAUUCACCUAUUCCCAGUUACUAUAAUAUUAACAAGAGGCCAGUGGCUUUUGAAACGCGAUACCCGUUUCUCGUUGUUUUCCAAACUUUUCCUUAUCUGCUUGUUGUCUUUUUUCGUGUUGUUGCGUUUUUAUGAACAGAGCAAUAACUAUCAACAAUAUUUUUUUCGUUAAACAUACUUUUUAAAAUGCGGUUUUGGAGUUGAAAAGUCAUUGUUUGCCUUUGGUUUUUAAAAAUAAAUAUGUAAGGAGGGGUGGUUUUUUGUAGGCUAAGGAACGGUUAAAGAGUGCAUUAUGGUAAUAAACAAGGUUUAUAAUGAAAAAGUUUAGGGUGAGGGGGGGGGGCGGGGAAGGGAAGGUUGAUAUAUGAUUUUAUUAUAUGUCAUACAGGGAAGUCGCUACGAUUUUCUUUUGGAGGGGGGGGAGGGGUGACCCAAAAAAUUUUUUUUGUUCUACUGGUAGGUAGCUACCGACUUUUCACGUCAAACUGUAACAUGUUACCUAUUCUCAACCUUUUAUGGGUAACUAAAUAGGCGAUCCAUAAUUAAAAGUUGUUUUGUUUAGUCUGUAACUACCAAACGAUAAACAUUAAUCUAACUUUGUUUUUUAACUAUACAUAACGUCUGCUUAUACAGUUUAUUUAAAACAAAUACAUACACGGACGUCGUUUGAGGGGGGGGAGGGGGGGGUGGUUUGGUGUGACUUCUUCCCCCCUGAGCCGAUCCGAAAAAAAAAUUCGCAGGUAGGUACCUGUACGUGAAAAAACGAAAAAAAUUGUUUGAAAAAUCGGUUAACAGGCUACUUGUGGACCAAAAAAUUGUUUUGGGUUUCCACCUCCCUUUGGCAUAAACAGUUUAUGAAAUUUUGAAAUUUAAUGUUUCCCUCGAAAUAUUUAAAAUUUGUGACAUUUUUGAUAAAAAAUCAUUUUUUUAAAAUUUUUUUUUGAUUUUUUCAAAACUUAAAAAUGGCAUUAAGUAUGACAUUUUAUCUCAUCAAAACCUUUGGCAGCUAUAGCAACCGGCGCUUUAGUUUAUGUUAUUUUUAUGUUUCCAAAACCAAUGAACGUUUCUUUUGUUUGUUCUUGCAAAUAACAAUGUUUGUGUAGUCUCUAGCCUGGACAGAGUCUAAGAAUAAAUAAAUAAUUUAUUUGUUUAGUUCAAUAAACCUAACUAUAAAUACAUACCUCUGAAUGUUGAUGUGAAGGAGCAAAUGGGUGCAGAAUUAGUCGACAGCUUCAGUAAGUUGGUUUUUUAUACUCUUUUCUAGCAUUCCUUGGCGUACUUUAUCUUACCCUAACAUAUCCUACCCUUUCUUACUGGCAUCUAUAUUAUCAUACUCUUUCCUAACCUAUUGUAUUGUACUAUACUUUAUCUUCACCUACCUUAAGUUACCAUUCUCUACUCUACCUUACCCUACCCUAAUCUAUUUUGCUCUAUCUUAAUCUAUUGUUUUCUGCUCUAUCUUACCUUUUCCAAUCUUACCCUAACAUGCCUUGCCUCACUCUAUUUUACCCUACCUCAUCAUGUUCUAUUCUAAAUAUUAAAAUUUAAAUUUUCAGGCCAAACAAAUCCGUUUAUAAUAUGGAUUUUCUUGGGAUCAGCGAUGGCAUGGUGCAUCACGGCACCUGCCAUGAUGUUACCUGCUUUUACCGUCGGAAAUGCUUGUCCAAGUGGAGAGAACUGCACUUUGACUGAAGGAUCUAUUAUUAACGAGGUAGGUCAAUACUUUUUAAAUUUUUUUUAGAAUUUUUGAAAGUUAUCUUAUUUUCCAUUUUGUACCUUCGAAAUUUUGAAAAAUUCUAGCGUUUUUGACUUUGAAAAGUACAAAUUUUUAAUUUUUUUUAUAUUUGAGGGUUUUAAAACUUGUCGCCAUUUCACAUAGAUUUACACGAAAAACAACGACAAGACUUUUUUAGACCGCUUAAGAACUUUUAAGAAUAAAUAUUUUAGAGUGGAGUUAAUUUAUUAUGGGUCUUAAGAAGUUGUAUAAUCAUUUUUGGUGUAAAAUACGGCUUUUGUUAAUAUUGCUGCUUUAAGUUUGACCUAAUCGGACCACGAGCUUUCAUUGCUGACAUAUCAACUACGGCUUACAUGUUUGGAAACAUCAUUGGAGCUUCUUCUUUGGCCAGAAUGGCUGAUUUGUAAGUUUUUUUUAUCUAUUUUAGUUAGACUUGAAAGAUAGCAUCUUUUAUAUAUAUUAGGUAAAAUACGCAUUGCUUGAUUAAAUUUUCUAUAUUUUAUAAUGUAAAUAUAUGAGUUGAAGCUUUUAAAAGUUGUAUUUUUUAGUUUUGGCCGACGUCCUCUAGUCGUCUACUGCGUACUAGCUUCAGGCCUGACUGGCUUGUUUGUCCUAAUCAUUGACAACGUCUACGAGUACAUGGUCAUCCGUCUAAUCCAAGGCAUAUUAUUCCCUGGCGCCGGUAUAACAUGUUGGUGUUUGGGCUACGAAUCAAUUGGAUCUAAAUCAAGAUCAUAUGCCACGCUGGUAUUCGGCUGUGCAUGGGUACUUGGCUACAUAGCACUAGGCCCAAUGGCCAUGUGGUUUCACAACUGGCGACAUUUGACUGUAGCAACCUGUGUACCUUGUAUCGUUGCUGGUGUUGUGUUCUACUUCUUUUUGCCUGAGAGUUUCUACUUUUUGAUAUCGAAUAAGAAGGAGAAAGAGCUGAGUAGAUGGCUGGUGAAUUUGAACCGAUUUAAGUAUGAGACGGCAGCUAGUGCUCGAGAGAUUAUUGAUGAACAUGCGAGGAGACAUGAGCUGUCAGAGACGGCUCAGGCUCAGAAGAAGGCCAACUUCUUUGUUCAGAUUUACUCUCAUAAGAAAUUGUUUUGCUUUACGUUGAUCAUGACUUAUUUGUGGUGGGUUUUUUGGUUUUAAAGCUUGAUUUUUGAAUUUUUUUAAACUACCAAAAUUUUAAAAACUUUUAAAACAUUUUUUCAAAUUUAAAAUUUUAGGGUUUGUGACGCCAUUUGCUACUACGGUUUAUCCUUAUUCAGCUCGGAAUUGGCUGGCAAUAAAUACUUGAAUUAUGUUCUACUGGGUUUGAUUGAAGUGCCAUCUUAUAUCGUAUCGCCCUAUUUAUUAGACUUUUUGGGAAGACGCUACACUAUCUCUGGACUACACUUCCUAUCUGCUGUUGGGUUUGUUGGAGCUCUUUUUGUUGGUAGGUGCUUGAAAAUCUAUUUUGAAUGCCAUAUUUGAGGUAUAUAUCGUGUCGUUAUUUUGUUAUGAUUUUCAGGGUGAAAAACGACAAGACUUUUUUCGGGAGUUAAAACUUGGGAAGAGGUCGUUUAGUGCCAUUUAUGUUUAAUAUAGGUAGUUCAAAACGGCUUUUAAGCUUUUAAGAACGUAUAUUAUAAGAAGAAAAACAAGGUUUUAAAUAAAUUUUAAUAUUCAAGCCUAUUUUUUCGCGUUAAAGCAAAUUUAAACCGAUUUUUCCGAAGUUAAACCAACUUCAAGCCUCUCUUUCUAGAUUACCAUGUAUUAUCGUUCAUUUUCUGGUUGAUCGGCAAGUUCGGCGUAGCAUGUGCAUUCACAUCAUUGUACGUUUAUGCGGCCGAAAUCUUUCCAACUCACUUGAGAAGCGGUGGAAUCGGCGCAUGUGAAGUCGGUGCACGAGUUGGAGGAACUUUGGCCCCGUCGCUGCAUACUCUGGUAAGUCGUGCAUAAUUUAGGCAGUACUUUCUUUUGAGAGGAGGAAGGAGAGGAAAGUUAAAAAUAAGAAAAAUGAUGUAACAGAGCAUUAGCAUUGAACGAUAAUACAAAAAGAGGGAGUGUUACCCAAAAUAACGAAAAAACAGGAAUUGUUACCUAAAUUAUCAAAAAAUUUAAAAAAAAAACAAAAACUGUAAAAUUUCAAAAAUACCAUUUCCCUUUUUAGACCGUAGUAUCUCCAGUAUCCCUGACCAUAAUAUUCGUUGUGUUGGCGGCCGGUGCUGGCGGAGUAACCCUGUUUUUGCCAGAAACAGGUGGCCAACAUCUCCCUGACAGCACGGAAGAAGUCGAGAAUCUCAAGAAAAAUGUUGAAAAAUAUGUUCUCUAA